AAACAUAUGAAAUAUUAAAUGCAUGAUGACAAAAGAAAACUAACAAACGGAACACCGGAUCCACAAAUCCCAAAAAUACAAUUAUUUGCUAAAAAUAUUUAGUUUAUUGUUUUUACAACAUAUAUUUUGAGUUUUUGACACGAAUUCGACAUGUAUAGGAACCCUAUUGAUUAAUUCUGACACCUUAGUUUAUAUAUAAGAGAACCCAUAACUCUUACCAUAAGGACAAAUAAAAAAUGAUGAAACUCUUUUUGGUGGUGGCGAUAUCCGUUGCCCUCUGCUUAAGCCUAACCGAUUUUUCCGGCGAGAGUCCAAAACAUGGAGAGUCAAUGCUGACUGUUCAUUUCCCUGAGUUCCGUCUGAUUCCGACCACCGGAGCUUCAGGACCAGAGAGUUUCGUCUUUGAUAUCUCCGGCGAAGGUCCUUACACCGGUUUAUCUGACGGUCGAAUAGUUAAGUGGGUAGCUAAUGAGAGCCGUUGGAUGGAUUUUGCCGUCACCACAUCAAGAAGAGAAGCUUGUGAGGGCCCGCACGAGCACCAACGAACAGAACACGUAUGCGGUCGACCAUUAGGCCUGGCCUUUGAAAAGUCCACUGGUGAUCUAUAUAUUGCUGAUGCCUAUAUGGGCCUUCUUAAAGUUGGCCCAGCAGGUGGUUUAGCGAAUCAGAUGUUAACAAGCCAGCUGAGCGAGUCCCUUAGGUUUUCCAACGGACUGGACAUUGAUCCACGGACCGGAGUUGUCUACUUUACCGAUAGCAGUUCAGUUUAUCAACGCAGGAAUUACAUACGAGUGAUGAUGAGUGGGGACAGAACCGGUAGACUGAUGAAAUACGACCCAACUACAAAACAAGUGACAACUCUUCUAAGCAACCUUGCGUUCCCUAACGGCGUCGUGCUAAGCCAAAACGGUGAAUACCUUCUCGUGGUCGAGACUGCCAAGUGUCGGAUCCUACGUUACUGGCUCAACGACACGUCUGCUUCUAAGUCUCGCGAGAGCUAUGAGAUUUUCUCGGAACGGCUCCCUGGGUUCCCGGACAACAUAAAGAGGAGUCCACGAGGCGGAUACUGGAUAGGCUUGAACACGAAACACACAAAGCUGACGAAGUUUGCCAUUUCUAACGUGUGGCUAGGACGUGCCGCCUUGGAAUUAUCGGUGGACUGGAUGAAGGUCCACUCGUACUGGGCCAGGUACACAGGGAACGGGAUGGCCGUGAGGUUGAGCGAGGAUAGUGGCGAAAUAUCAGAGGUCUUUGAGGGUAAAAAUGGAAACAAGUGGAUGUCUAUAAGUGAGGUUGAGGAGAGAGAUGGAACUCUAUGGGUUGGAUCGGUGAAUACUCCUUUUGCUGGCAUGUAUAAAUUCUAAAAACAAUGCAAAAUAUGCGUUUCCAUGAUACCAUCAUUAUCAUCCAUACAUAACUGAAGAUAAAAUAUCAUAUA